AUGCAAGAAUGCGUUUGCAGUACGGUUGGGAGGCUGUCUAAUUAUUUCGAUGAGACUCGAACAGCGGAAUUGGUAUCAGCUCUCAACAAGCAUCUGGAACAACUUCGGACGCUCCUGGCUCAGUCUAAAUCUCUUUCCCGAGAUGUUCAAUAUCAAAUCAUACCAAACAAUCUACGAACAUCCAAGGUUUUAUCCAUCCAAUCAAUUGACUUCUCGCCAAUAAAUCGAGUCCACGAAAGGUUUGCUGGAGACCCUGAUUCAUUCUGGGAACAUUCUGAGGAUCCCGCCCAUGUUGAGCUACGACGACGGCUCAUCUGUGUGAUUCUUUUCCUCAGGUCAAAGCUGGAAUCCACAGCGGCGGUGCCACCUCGGAUCGCGAGACUUUUGCAAGGGCAAAAAUCUUACACGGAGCUGAAAAAUGCCGGGCGGAAAUACAUCACAAUCGGGCGCAAGCUUGGAGGCAUCGGAUGCUUGUUUUGGCUUCCCCUUGAUGUCCCUCCUUCGACUGAGUUCUGCCGGCAUCGCUCUUACAUGUCUAACUCGGCUACAGACCCACCUACUUUAUGUUCUUGCCUAAAUCUUUCCGUCUCAUACAAUGAGUUUCUUUCGGGCGAAAACCAGCUGUUGCUGUUUCUGUAUGCAUUAGGCGGCACUGAUAUUCCAGACCUACUUCUAAGCAGUGUGGAAUUCCCACAGAGGCGAUGGACUGCCGACGGGGAGAUAGAAGAAAUCACAGCCUCGGGGUUGAAUGUUCCCCCUGAACUAGUGAAUAUUCUCUCGGACAGGGGGAGGUCCAAUGAUCUAAUGGACAACCCAAACGUGACGCAUCAGCUCUUGGAUGAUGGGACAGUCACAUGCUUCGUUUUCCCAAUGCUUACUUCCUCAGACAAUAACUCAUCUGGGGGAUAUGGCACUCAAGCUCAUAUGCUUGGCUUGCCCCCCAUGCUACGAAGGCAAUACAAAUUGAAAUCAAUGUGGCAAGUGUUUGAAAAGAUGAUCGGAAGGUACACUGUAUCUCCGUUACUAAGAUCACAAGUCCUUGAGGCAAUCCUCUUCUUCUGCGAGAGAGACUCCGUGAUGAUCCGUCGUGUUGCUGUCGAGCAGGCCAGGUCACUCUUGAAGAAAUCAAUGCCGUACUACCUUCAUGCCUCGGUAGUGCUUUUUCAAAGCAUUCUCUAUCGCAUUGACGGAGAUCUUGCCAAAGCCGAGGCGCGGAUACGAGACUUCAUGUGGCGGGGUCCGUCGGUUGCUACGCGGCGUGACCACGCACUCCUGGGGCGUCUUCAUAUUUCUCUGAUUGAGAACAAAAUUAAGUGCUAUGAUAGCGAUGUGCCUUCAUUUAUCUACAAAUGGGAGCCGAAACAGCCGUUAUCCACGUUGGAGAUAGAGGUGACGUCCAGGCUUCAGACUGCCGCAUCACGCUUCUUCCAAUCCGUUGGUGACUUUGGUGCCGCAAGAAUCUCGUUGGAGCAGUUUCUGUCCCUGAAUACAACCAAGCCAAUACGUUCUGGGACACGACAUAUCAUAGCUGGAAGAUUGGCAGACAUGCAUUGUGAAAUGAAGGAAUACUCCCAGGCAAUGCAUCUUGUUCAAGCGGAACUCAACAGCGUCGACGACAGCGAACGACAGCGCCGCUCAUUUCGACGUUUGCUGCUAGCCUCAGCGGAAGCCAAUAUUGGACUGAACAGGCUGGAUGUGGCGGAAGCAUUGCUCGAGGAACUCUACAGCACCGUGCCGCCUAAGUUGGAUGACCUCCACGACCAGCAGCUCCAUAUGCGGCACCUGCUAGCCGAAGCACGAGUGGCCCACAUGCGGCCUGACACCGAAGAGGCCAUAUCACGAUGGAAGUUUGCUCUACAGGAGGUUGAGCGGAUGCACACGCUCAAGUCGAGGCGUGGAUUCAUAGCAGCCAUCAUAUACCUGUCCAUGGCUCACGCUCAGCUGAGUAUCGGGGACAGAGACAGCGGUCGGCACUCCUGGGCCAUGGGGGUAGAGAUUCUAAGAAGCGAGAUUUGCGAGUUCUGGAUUCCCGUUGUGCCAACCAUAUGGCUGCCCUGGGUGGUGAUGGAAAUUCACGUGUUGCAAGGCUGGUCGUUCCGCAUGGCACUGCCUGGCGGGAAACCGGAUAUUACAUACCCGUGA